AUGAACGGCACCAUGGAGACUCCCGUCACCACCCCUGGCGUACUCGCCGAGAAGAUUGACCACCAUUGGGUCAAGCACACCGUCGCAGGACACAAGUACAGCGCCAUCAAGUCGUCUGUGUUCGCCAGCAACCACCAGGCCCAGAUUACCGCUGCUGUCAACGACUGCAAUGCCCAUGCCCAGGCCGGCCUCCAACUUCAGCUGGAACUCCUCGACGCCAUCGAAGACCAAGCGUGGCUGUUGCUCCCCGACGACAUCGACCGAGUUAUCCACCACGAAUUUGCCUGCGAGGACGACAUCUCGCUCGCCGUCUCAUUCCGUCGCUCCGAUGUCCUCGACAACCUCAAGGCCCGUCAAGAUGCCGCUAAACUGGCCAUGCAAUCGUCACGCAAGCGUCAGAGCAGCCCGACACCAUCCGAGUCUGACAGUGUCCAAAGCUGCAUCGUCAUCGAGGAAGACGCAGAGACGCCCGUCCCUGAGACGCCCGCCCCCGAGAGUCCCUUCAUUGAAGAGACACCCUCGCCAUCGCCCGCCCCCGAAGACGAUCCUGACCUGGUCGCUACCAUCAACAUGCGCUGGCAAGAGUACCUCAAUGUGCGCCAGACCCUCGACGAAGCCAGCAACGCCGCCUUCCAGACCGCGUCGCUCAGGUCCCAAGCAUCUGACUAUGCGAAGAGUCUCAAGGAGAUUGCCACCGAUGCUGUGAUCCAUCAGCAUCUUCUCGCUACCCAGCUUCGCAAUGUCGCGGAUCCUCCCAGUGAUGCUCUGGACGCCAUGAAGCUGAGAUUCUCCGGCUCCGACUUGCCAGAGUUUGAGGCUGAAAUUGUUCGUUUCGGCCAAGCCGACCCUCCGUCCGUGUCCCGUCCCAAAGCUGUCGCGACAUCAAAACCCAAGGCCGUCGCGACAACAAAGCCCAAGGCCAGGAAACCCAAGGCUCGCCCAGCGAAUCAGUCCAGCAUCAAGUCGUUCUUCGCCCCCAAGGCUGGACCAUCUCAAGUCGUGCCCACUCCCCCGCCAACCACCAAGCGACCAGGCAAGACGGCUGUGAUGGAGCCUUCGCCCGCCCCUCGUCGAUCGACUCGUCUCAGCAAUCAGACACCCAAGACUGUCGUUCAGGAUGCCGCUGCUAGCAGUGCCGAUGAGGAGUGGUCGCUCCGUCAGCCUUCAGAUGAUGAUGCUUCCGAGGAUGACGCCUCUAAUGAUGGCGCCUCUAGGGAUCACGACUCUGAGGAUGACUCCUUAGGCCAGACGCUACAGCUUGGGAUUGAAGCUGCAUCUGACAGUGAUGCGGGAGACCAGGCAGCUCCUAAGCCUACUAUCGAUAUCGCAAGAUGCAACAGAUGGCCAUCGACCGAGGACUAUCCGCGGAGGAGUUUGACUACUACUGCAAUAUCCCAUCCCGUGACAGACGAAUCGAGCGAGUGUGGUAUCCUUUUUACAUUCAUUCUAGGCCACAAGCCACCGCCUCUGGCUGGAAGGGAUAUGGUAUAUCGAUUCAUCUGCCAGAGGCUUUAUAGGAUGCGCAGUUGUUAA